AUGGGCAACCACGUCUCUCGAGCCCAGUACCUCACUCUAGGGUCUUUCGUCGUCAACUUCGGCACGCAGCUGUACGGCAUGCUCACAAGUCCCAACAUGAAGGAAGUCGCAGACCGGAACCACUACGCCUUCUCCCCGAACCCAUGGUUCAUCUCUGCGUUCUUCUCCGGACAAGUCGUCCUGCAGUUGGCCUGGAUCCGCAAGCUCUUCUCCCUGAACCCUGCAGGAUAUGAGAAGAUCGGCGCUGGUGAUACAAACGGGGUCACCGCCGAAGAAGUCGCGUCGGUCCAGACCGCGACGGAGUAUGCACCCAUCUACGCGCUGGGAAACCUCUGCAUUGCCGGGUGGCUCUUUUUCUGGCUGCGCGAGGAGUUUACGGCGUCGCAAUUCCUAGUCACUAUCAACUCAUUCGUCCAGCUCGCUGCUGUGGCUCGUCUUCCGCCUGUCACGCCGGGUAGCUCGAGGCUCACGGUUUUGACCCACCUGGUUGCAAAGACUUUCGCGGGUAUCGGAGUCCUAGACCUACUCGACAAUGGGGGUGUGAUGAGUCGCUAUACGGCACCACCGUCGAAACUCGUCAAAGGCCUCACGUACGCACUCUUCCCUCUUGCAACGGCCGUCUCUACGCCGUUCUUUGGCCUGACUCUCCUCUAUGAUGUCGUGGGAGUCUGUGUUGGCCAACGUAACGUACUUGGCGCGAGUGGUUGGAGUACUGGACUUGGUUGGACGGCUGGGGCAAUGGGUACCAUUGUUGUUAUCAAGACGCUCUUCACGCAAAAGGUUUUGUAA